AUGACGACCAUAUCCGACCUGCCAGAUGAUUUGGUAGGAGAGAUCUUUUCUAAGGUUCCAUUGACAUCUCUAAGCGCAGUGCGAUCUACUUGUAAGAAGUGGGAAGCUUUAUCAAAAAAUCACAUCGUUGGUAAAAAAGCAGCAUCAAGGAGUCGUCAGUUUCUGGAGUUCAUGGUUUCAGGUUCUGAUGUUUGGUCUUUGAGAUUCGAUCUCCAAGGAAUCCGCAAUGAAGAAGACGACUUGAGUGAUCCAUCUAUGAAGCAAAUAAAUAUACCUAAUACUGAUCAACUCGAGAUAUCUCAAGUCUAUUACUGCGAUGGCUUAUUGUUAUGCAUCAGCAUCACCAAAGACAAAUCGAGCCUUGUUGUAUGGAAUCCGUAUUUGGGGCAAACCAAAUGGAUUCGACCCGGAAACAAAUUCGACAUAUUUGACAAGUUUGCUCUCGGAUACGACAACAAUCAUAACCACAAAAUCUUGAGGUUUCUUGAUGAUGAUGACGUGAGAAGCAGACGCAGUCAAAGAAGCGACACUCAUGUCUACGAUUUUAGCUCUGAUUCAUGGAGGGUUCUUGAUGUCAAUCCGGACGGGGAUGCACCGUUUUAUUUCAGUGGUGUGUCCUCGAAGGGAAAUUCUUACUUCUUGGGUCGAGAAGUGGCAGGUGAACUGUUGGUAAAAGACAUUGAACAUUUUCUAGUCUGUUUUGAUUUCACAACUGAGAUAUUUGGACCGCGUUUGCCUCUGCCGUUUGAUCCCUCUCCUGAUCUUAAAUAUACGACUCUAUCUUGGGUUAGAGAUGAGAAGCUCGCUGUAUUAAAUAGCCACUCCGACACAUUUCAGAUAUGCAAUAUUUGGGUUUCGACUAAGAUUGAGCCCAAUGCGGUAUCUUGGAGCACUUUUUUUACAGUGGAUAUGUCACCAGUCAAUGGUUUUCAAUCUGGGCUUUCGACUUACUUUCCCCCUUGGAGCUUCUUCAUUGACGAGGAGAAGAAAGUAGCAGUGUUUUUUAAUAACAGUGAGACCAAGACCUGUCGCUACCAAAUGGCUUACAUCGUUGGAGAUGAUGGAUACUUCAAAUCUGUCAACAUCGGAGAAAUUUCAAAUUCCCAAUGGAACCGAGGCAAACUUGUGUGCUCUUCUUAUGUUCCAAGUUUAGUGCAACUGCAAGUUUAAGACUGCUUUUAGUUUGAAGUAAUAGUUGAUACUUGAUAGAAGUAUGAUAAGUGAUAACUAAACA